AGAGGAGGAGCGGCGCGUCGCUACUACUGCAGCAGCGUAACGUGCAAAGUCAGUUCGACGGCGGCGCCGCAUCAGACGACGUAUACGCUCGAGAGGACGCUCUGUGUGCACGGCUUUCUAUUGUAUAUAUAUAUGAUCUCGAUCCCGAUCGAGAUAAUAUAAAUUGAUAGAGAGAUUAAAAAGGGAGUAUUUCAUCUGGUACGUAUUUGGAAAGAAGGGAAAAAAGGAAGGAAGAUAAGAAGAAGAAGAAGAAGAUUAGAAGUGGAGAAGGUGAAGAAACCAAAGAAAAAGAAAUAACAACAGUUUCUCUUUUUGCGAUAAGGAUAUCUCAAAGUUAAUUUUUUUUUCGAGAGAGACUACGAUUGUAUAAACAAUUUUAAAGAGAAAAACGAUCGAAGGGACGCUCAGUAUUUAUUCUUCGCUGUCGCGUGCGCGAUCCAGCAGUGCCUUCCUAGCCUCCCUCUUUUUCUUCUUAAACGUGCGUAUCAUCGCGUUUUACGAUUGGUGAAUUUCAUCCUUGCUGGUGGAAAUCAUUGAUAAAGAUAAUUCUUAGUGGGAUCAAGAACGAAGAAGGAAGGAAGAAGAAAAAGAAGAGGAAGCAGGAAAGAAAAGAAAUAUUUGCAUUUUUCGCGAAGGGAGAAGAAAGGAAAUAUUUGCGUGCUAGCAAGGAUCUUUUUUGUUGUCUCUAUCUCUAUCUCAAUCUCAAUCUCAAUCUCCAUCUCCAUCUCCUUUGUCCUGAAAUUCGCGUCUACGAAGCUAAAUCACAGGAGCAAAUAUGUCUUCGUCCUCGAGGACCUUCCCGCCGAUUCUCGUCGCGGCUCUCGUCCUUUGCGUUGGUGUCGCACAGGGUAUCAGAUGUUACAAAUGUGGACAGUACAAUGAGGGAGUUGGAAGUAUCACGCCUUGCAUUAACUUUACCGUUCAAAUGGGUUUGAAGGAUUGUCCACCGACUUCCGAAUGGUGCAUCAAAUAUGUCAGCGAAGGUUCGACGGUACGUGAUUGUGUCGAAACGUGCGUGGAAAAAGAGGCUUGGAGUACGAGAACGUAUUGCUGUCAGCAGGAUGGUUGCAACUCGGGUCCGUCGUUGACCUCUAGCAGCAAUGGUUACGUCGUUGUUCUCACGUUGACGAUGCUCGCUCUUAUUCUUGAACGAAGUCUUCGUGGCUAAUACGUCCUGACGCAGGAUGUAAGGAAGCCGUUUUACACGGCUCCAGGAUCGUCGGCUGCGGCCAGUUUUGGAAACGCGACCAUCCUCCUUCCUUCGACGAAAGGAAUAACAACAACAACAACAUCAGCGGCAGCAACAAUAACGACAACGACAACAACAAUAAUAAUAGCAGCAGCAGCAGCAGCAGCAACAACAACAACAAUAAACAGAAGAAUCGUUACGGUUUGCGCUUAUGACGUUAAUGUUAAUGCCAUGUUUGCAAGAUUUCACGUAAGCAAAACGUAGUCAAACGUCAAACGGUUCCUUCCUGCCUUUUCCGAUUCAUCUUUUUCUCCUCCACCUGCUCUUCUUCUUCUCUUCUUCCUCCUUCUAUUUUUUCCCUCUUCAAUCUUAUUUUCAUCCUCGUGGUUAUCGUUGUCGUUGUCGUUGUCGUUGUCGUUGUCUUCGUCCUCGUCCUCGUCCUCGUCGUCGUUUCUCGAGCGUUCUUUCAAUCGCGAACGAGUGCCCUACCUUUCGCUUUUAUCAUUUUUUUUCUUUUCUCUAUCUAUCUCUCUUUCUCUCUCUCUUUCUCUCUCUUUCUCUCUUGCUCUUGAUAGUUUCCUUUUUAACGAGAAUACGACAAUGAGGUUCUUGACGAUCGUAAUGCUUGGUAAUGAUCGAUGCGACUUUUUUGUCGAGCGACCACUCGCGUUCGAUGCUCCCCCUUCGUUAUAGUUUUUGCUUUUUUACAUUUUUUUUUAUACUCCUCUCUCUCUCUCUCUCUCUCUUUCUCUUUCUCUUUCUCUCGCUCGCUCGCUCGCUUGCUCGCUUGCUUCUUUGAUAAAUAGUAUUCACCUUCGCCGGUCGUCUUCUCGUUUGCUUCAAUAACAUCUUUCACGAAAGAAUGUAAAAAAAGAAAGUCGCUCGAUAAAACCAAAUCGUAUGGAGAAAUGAAAAUUUUUGGAAACUUUGAAGGAUAAAGUUCUAAAAAAGUUCUAACAGAGCUCGUAAAAAUCUUUUGAACAGUCUUUCUCGCAGGUUUUUACUAAUAUCUAUCUAAUAUCUUCGAACUACGUGCUUCUUCUGUCGGGUAUAUAAAGCUUGAGAUAAGUAGAGAGAAAGAGAGAGAGAGAGAGAGAAAAAAUGAGAGAGAGAGAGAGAGAGAGAGAGAGAGAGAGAGAAAGAAAAGAAAAAAAUAAAUAGUAAAAAAAAAAUGGAAGGAAAAAUCGUCGAGGGCAUUUAAAUGGCGACGUUGCGACCACGUCGUUGAAGAAAAAAGAUUGGAGAAGAAAAAUGGCGGAGUAAGAUAAACGAGAAAAAAAAAGUAAGAAAGGAGGAGAAGAAGAUGAAGAAGAAGAAGAAGAAGAAACUAAAAGUAAAAUAAAAUCCGCCUAUCCUGUUAGAAUUCACGAGAAUUUCAAAGAGGAUCGUGCGUUUCCUGGCCGUAAGCUCGAAGAAGCCUGGAAGAAAGCCACCUACAUACAUAUAUACAUACAUACAUAUAUACAUACAUAACAUACAUAUAUACAAACAUAACGUUUUAACGAAGAACAAUGAGGAUAAUAAUGAUAAUGAUGUUAUUACAAUCACUUAUUACUACUGUUAUUACUAAAUCAAUUACUUAUUAUUAUUAUCAUUAUUAUUAUUGUUAUUAUGAUUAUUAUUAUUAUUAUUAUUAUUAUUAUUAUUAUUAUUAUUAUUAACGAUUAACUAUACUACCAUUAUUACUACUAUUACUAUUACUAUCACCACUACUACUGUUACUAUUACUACUAUUGCUACUACUAUUACUAUUACGACUAUUAAUACUACUAUUACAUUAUUAUCGAAACAUCGCCAAUAUACAUAUAGUAGUACGACGAUAGGCGAGAAUAAUGAUAUAACAAAAAAUGAAAAAAGAAAAAAGAAAAAAAAAACAAGAAUCGAGUGAAGUUGAUCGAAUAUCAUGUAACCGCUUUAAGUAGCCUUAAUAAAGUGUAAUUACCGUGGGUGGGUUUGAUAAGAUGGGCGAGCGAUGGUGGUUGUAUCGUAAACGAGAUUGUAGAGACAGAUUAUAGCGAUUAUAUACCUGUUCUUAAAGAUUAGAGAGAAGAAAAAAAAAUGAAGAAAAAAAGUUAAGAAUUACGAGAUGAUCUAUUUUAAGGUAGUUCGAAUUUAGAAGGAAAUAUUCGAUCGAUAGAUCGAUCGAUCGGACGUCGAGCGACGAUAUGUCGCUAAUUGAUUUGUUGGACGAAUGUUUCGAGCGUACGCGGAUCGAUCGUCGACGUAACAUCGAUAGGAUGAUGAUUCACAUACAUGCACACGUUACACAUACACAGACACAUAUAUUCUAAAUAAACGCGUCUAAAAGGUACAUACAUAAAAUAAUCUAUAAAGUACGUAUAAUAAAUAUCGAUCGUUUAUCCGAUCAUUGCUCGCGUUCAGCAGUAUUUUAAAUCUCCGCACUCUGCUUCACUUUUUAUUAUCGUUGCCGCACACCAUCAGUUCGGAAUUUAUUUGCAAUAUGCGGGUGGUUAACAUACAUACUUAUGUAUGUAUUUGUGCAUGCAUGCAUGUAUGUAUGUAUGUAUGUAUGUAUGUAUGUAUGUACGUAUGUAUGUACGUAUGUAUGUAUGUAUGCAUGUAUGCAUUAUUGACACUCGUUUGAAUACGUUAAGUAAAUUUUCUUUUUCGAAUAAUCGAUAAAAUCUGAAUCACUGUUCAAAUGAAAAUUCAACUGAAAUUGAUCGGUCGAUCGAUCGAUCGAUUUACCAAGAACGAUAAAAAUGAACAUUUUGCCGUUAUAUAUGUGUGUGUGUUUUUAGAAUUUAUGUUCGUACUAUAUACAUGAACUUUUGCAAAUAACGUCCGACGGGCAAUAAUAAAAUGAUGUAUAUAACAUAAAUAUAGCUUUGAGAUAGUUCGCAACGUCGCGAAUUAAUAAUGAAUUAUAUCUCUAAGCGAUUUAAACUUAGAUUUAUCAACUAUUUAUACCGCGAUUACAUAACCAAACCUUACGAAUUUCUCGUAAAAAAAUGUGAACUAUUAUAAACCCUGAAUAUUAUAACGCGUUCGCUGAUCAAUACGAAGAAAAAAAGAAGUAAUGAAAACGUGCGUAUCUGUGUACGAGUGCGAAGGUUUAAAGUUCGCUAUCUAAAAGAAAAUUUGCUAAUAAACAAGAAAGAAAAAAAGAUAAAAAGAAAGAAAAAGAAAAAAGAUCUAUUCUUCCUCUCAUACAUACGAUCGCUAAUCCUUCGAUCGAGCGGUGAUCUAUUUCUUUAAAUCUUAUCCGUAUAUUUUUAUAAUGCAUUACGGAAAAGGGGUACGGACAGAUUUAUCGAUAUUCCAUCGAAACGCGUAAAAUUAAAUUUAACGAUCGUUAAAUUUAAAUCGAUCUUCAUCGAUCAUCGCUCGGUCUUCUCGGUGAAAAGAGAAAAGACAAAUACAUAUAUACAUAUUUUCAAUUACCGACAGUCCGAUGACGAGAAUUGAUGUUGAAUCGUGGAUUAAAAGGGAAACGAUGUAUUCGUGGUUUUUAUUUCUUUUUUUUCUUCGUACCGUCGAUAGAGACAACGAUCGGGAUACUGUUCUCGAUAAAAAAAAAGGAGAGAAAUAAGCAAAAAAAAAAAAGAAAAAAGAGAAUAAA